AUGCAAACAACAGAACAUUCACCUCCAAUAUCAACAUGGGUAGAUUCGUUGCGUCAUGAGGUGGAGGCUGGCCCUCAUCCCCAACUUCCAGACUUCGACCCUUUUGACAUGGAAAGCUUCCUACCGGAUAAUGAUGGUUUGUUUGCAGAUGACCUGGGCGCGUUGUCUACCGGCGGUUCUAGUCACGACUCUUCGACGUUAGAUCCCUCGUUGCAGGCUCCGUUAGAUGGCAUCUAUAUCUCCGCCAACUUCCAAGAGGAUGUUGCUUUCCUGCAAGCUGCACAAUUUGGGACGGGGCCGACGGAGGAUCUCAGUCUAUCACCGCUGCCAAUAGUAACCAGUCCAACUAGUGACUGGUAUCUCCCACCCCCGGAGCUCGGAACGACACUGCUUGCGGAGUUCCUGACUGACCUAAAUACCGCCUAUCCGCUCUACCAACCACAUGUCAUUGCCGACCACCUUCGGACAUGUUAUGCGGGGCUGCCUGAUGAUUCGGCAAUCGCUUGGACGAGUGCGUACAUCGUCUUUGGUAUGGCACAUCAUAUGCGUGGCAUGAGUUCGACUGGUGACAGCCAUAACAUGGACAUGGCCCAGUACUACCUUGCCCGCGCUUACUCCACACUUGACACUCUACUCACAGCGCCACCAUCCCUAGGACAGGUACAAUGCCUUGUCGGUAUUGCGUUACUCAUCGUCGCCAGCCCAUGCAGUAAUAAGAAGCCAGCGGGUCAAUUCGUCUCCACCGCCCUCCGUGUCAUCAGAAGUCUAGCCAACGAAGGCAAGAAAAGCAAUGCAACGGCACAGGAGCUCAGUGACGGCGCACACCAGCGUCGCGUUUUCUGGAUCUGCUUCACCAACGACAUCAGCCUGAGCAUUUUAAGCAACACGCAACCAACACACCAGCUUCAAGACGUAGCCAACUGCUCCGAUUUUGUAGCAGACGAGCUUGGUGCGCUCACUGCGACCGAGGGCACCUGGCGAGCGCAUAUCUUCUGGCUCUUCACAAGGAUAGCCUUACUUCAGACCGAAGCCAUCGACCAGGUACUCUCUCGCAAGACAAGUAACACGACUCCGCUGGACCUAAGCGCCGCCACAGCCAUCGUGCUCGCACGCUUACAGGCCUUUCACGAGCAACAUCACAUCUUUCAUCUCUCUGCUAGCCAGCUGGAACAGAUACUAUAUCGAGCAGAUAUCUGUCAUUGUGUUGCACUGGAGGCUUACUACUUCGGAACUGUAUAUCGACUACACGCGUUCACGGCGAUGGACAUGAGUUCGGAAGUCAACCCCUUCGAGCUAGACGGCUUAAUCAAGAUGUCGAAGAUGAAGCAACACAAAGCAUAUCUGGAGGCACAAAGGCUGCUGAGUCUACUGCCAGUAGCGCCCCGGGGCAACGUUGCUUUGUAUUGGUGA